AUGAGCAUGUUACAAAAUGAGGCGGGCGUCCCAAUCUCGCCCAUGCACGACAUUCCGCUCUACGCCAACGGGGACAACAAGACCAUGCACAUGAUCGUCGAGAUACCGAGAUGGACGAACGCCAAGAUGGAGAUAUGUCUCCGGGAGUCCCUGAAUCCCAUCAAGCAGGACGUCAAGAAGGGCAAGUUGAGAUUUGUCGCCAAUUGCUUCCCUCACCACGGCUACAUAUGGAAUUACGGAGCUCUGCCACAGACAUGGGAAAACCCAGAUGUUUUGGACGAAGCGACAGGCUGCAAGGGUGACAACGAUCCCAUUGACGUUCUUGAAAUAGGCUACAGGGUUGCUAAACGAGGCGAAAUAUUAAAAGUGAAAGUUCUUGGAACAGUGGCACUCAUUGAUGAAGGCGAAACUGAUUGGAAGAUCAUUGUAAUCGAUGUCAAUGAUCCAUUGGCCGAUCAAAUGAACGAUAUAAGCGACAUGGAGAAGCAUUUUCCAGGGUUAUUGAAAGCCACAAUUGAAUGGUUUAAGAUAUACAAAAUUCCGGAUGGAAAGCCGGAAAAUCAAUUUGCAUUUAACGGCGAAGCAAAAACACGAGAAUUUGCAUUGCACAUUGUUGACGAGGUGCACCAACACUGGCAGACCUUAGUCAAACAGGAGGGUUCAUCUAGUGAAAUAAACUGUUCUAAUGUAACAGUGGAGGGGAGUCCAUUCAAGAUUACCACUGAAGCAGCAGAAGAGGUCUUAGAAAAGGCGCCUGAGCCGGUGGAACCUCUAACUGUGGAACCGAUAGUUGACAAAUGUUUCUUCGUACAUCCGAAAUUGUAACAGUUGUGAUGGGAAUUAGAAAUUGCAUUUACUUUUCAAAUAUUUGAAUUACACGAAGAGAUUAUUAAUAUACAUAUACUGAAUGUAUGUGAAUUAAAACCCUUGUUCAUUGAAUUGUU